AUGGUUAUCCUUUACCGGCCGAAGGGACAAUGGGAAGGGAACCAAUGGAUUAGAGCGGGCAUUGGCCUGCGGAGUAUAUUGAGGCUACCACUAAGUCGUUCAGAAACAUUAAAGGAUCUCCUUAGUGUAUCCUUCCUUCCCGGAGAAAGAAGUCCGAGUAUAAACUCCCGCCCAUUCAUCUUCGUCCCGACGCCGCGCUAUACUAUCCACUAUCCUCUAUCCUCUAUCCACUAUCCUCUAUCCUCUAUCCUCUAUCCACCUUCCUCAUCCUCUAUGAUGACCUCCUUGGAACUCCUGGCUCCUCUAGUCUAUCCUGGGAGAUUGCUAUUGAGCCCUAUUGGAGCGGACGGGUCGAUACAUGAUCUCAGUUUAAUCUGCCUGCACCUUUUGUCCGCUAAUGCCCGCUGA